AUGGCACCCCAAUUUGAGCCCAUGAAGAAUGAUCUUAUCUUGCGUACAGCAAGAGGCGAAAAAGUCGAGCGGCCGCCGAUAUGGGUGAUGCGACAAGCUGGACGUUACCUGCCCGAGUACCAUGAGGCAAAAGGCAAAAACGACUUUUUCGAAUGUUGCCGCAGCCCCGACAUCGCCUCCACUCUGACGCUUCAACCCAUUGAGCGCUAUGCAGGCCUCAUCGACGCCGCAAUCAUCUUCUCAGACAUCCUCGUCAUACCGCAAGCGAUGGGAAUGGAGGUGAUCAUGGUAGAUAAGAAGGGGCCCCAUUUCCCCGAGCCGUUACAAACUCCGGACGACAAACAGUACAAGGAGGUGCUUGAGAGGGAGGUAGACGUAGCAGAGUCACUAGACUAUGUCUACAAGGCUAUCACUAUGACACGACAAAAGCUAGCCGGAAGGGUGCCGUUGAUUGGCUUCUGCGGUGCGCCUUGGACGCUGCUGUGCUACAUGGUAGAGGGCGGAGGUAGUAAGAUGUUCAUCCAGACCAAGACAUGGAUAUACAAAUACCCAGAAGAGACCAAGGCGCUCCUCAAGAAGAUUGCAGAGCUUUGCGUUGAGUAUCUUGCUCUGCAGGUGCAGGCUGGGGCACAGAUGAUCCAAGUCUUCGAUUCGUGGGCAGGCGAGCUGUCACCAACAUGCUUCAAGACGUUUGCUCUUCCAUACCUCAACCACAUUGCUGACAACCUCCCCGCACGUAUCAAGUCCAAAGGCCUGGAGCCCGUUCCGAUGACGGUAUUUGCGAAAGGAGCAUGGUACGCCCUCUCGGACCUCUGCGACACAAACUAUAAUACCAUUGGUCUGGACUGGCUACAUGCGCCGGCAGAGGCAUACAAGGUCGCGCAGGCCAAGGGCAAGGUGCUGCAAGGAAACGCGGACCCCGGUGUUCUAUACGGCACCAGGGAAUCCAUCACGAAGGUGGUGGAGGAAAUGGUCGCUGGGUUCGGUGGUGGCAAGCAGGGCUGGAUCGCCAACCUUGGUCACGGCAUCACCCCUUUCGUGAAACCAGAUGACCUCAAGUUUUACUUUGAGGAAAUCCACAGGCUGACCAAGGCGUAAUCCUCAAAGGGUCUUGGCUGCCUCAGCCGUGGGCUGGAACCGGGGCAGACCAAAGACAGAUGGGGAUAUGGAAAGGACUUUUCGAGAUGCACUCGAUAAAUAGAUUAAGAAGCAAACAAACAGAGCAAAAUAUCAGCUCC